GAGGAGGUGUAAAUGUCAAGGAAAUCCUAAAAAAAAUAAGGGAAAGCCAAACCCUGUUCCUCCAAAAUCCCAAAUCUCUCUCUUCUCUUCAAGCUCCCGCACAUAAACCCAACCAAUAUCUCCAUCAUUCCCUUCCCUCAAAACCCCAAAUUGACGGGCCCUCUUCUUCGUCUUCAAGCUCCGGCACACAAACCCAACCAAGGGUGUUAAGAACAUUUGGGGACUGUGUUCGGGGAUAGUUUCUCCGAAGUUGGGAUUGGUCUUCGAGGGGAAGGCAGUUCUGCUUGUUCUGAUUUGAACAUGUCGAGUAAGAAAGAAGAGAAGGCUCAGGCUGCAGCAGAAAGGAUCAAGGCUCAGGCCUUGAGUGCUGCAAAAGGUCUUAGUCGAGCUCAGGCUGAAAGGGCGGCUGCUGCUGCUGCACGAAAUGUUAACGCUUAUGGGCAGAAGGAAGAAGGACCCAGCAGAUGGCAGGAGAAAAGGGAAGCCAAGAGACAGAUGUAUUUGAUGAGUACUGAAAAAGCAGUGAGACUGGGUGAGAGGAAAGACCUGAAGGCAAAUAUAUCUACUGUUGGUAGUGCAGCUUCACAAUGCCAGAAGUGUUUCCAACCUGGGCAUUGGACAUAUGAAUGUAAGAAUGAACGUGUUUAUAUCUCAAGGCCAUCUAGGACUCAGCAACUGAAAAAUCCUAAACUGAAGAUGAAGGUGUCACUAUCCUAUGAUCUGGAUGUUGCGGAUCCAGAUACUAAAAAGGAAGAAAAGAGUGAAAAGUCAUCGAAGAAAAGCAAGAGGAAACAUAGGGGAGGUUCUGAUUCUGGCAGUGAUAGUGAAGCUUCAGUUUUUGAGACUGAUAGUGGGGAAUCAUCAGUUACAGGUUCUGAUUAUUCUUCUGAAGGGAGUAGUUCAGAUUACAGUUCAUCAUCUGAUUCUGAGGAGGAGAGAAGGCGCAGGAGGAAGAAGAAGAAGCAAAAGAUAAGGCGUAAAAGAUACUCCUCAUCAUCUGAGUCUUCUGAUUCAGGGUCUUCUGAAUCUGAUUCUGAUGAUAGGAGAAGCCGGAAGAAGAGCAAGAGGCACAGCAGAAAGCGUUAAACUAAGGUACUUGAGCAGAAGGAGAAUGUUGGUGGAUAGUUCAAGUCUGUCGUGUAUUACCAAUCAAUUGAUGAAUGCUUUUGUAUGUUAUCAAUUUGGGGCCAACACAUCCUCGUGGAUGUUUCCCUGACAUUUAUUUCUUUUCGACUGUGUUGCUUUAUUUGAAGUUGUACUGUAAUACUUCCCAUGGUUACUUUUAUGAAUUUGAGCUUUUCUUGGU